CACUGUCACUCGUUUCUUUCGAUAUAUACAAAGAUACCCGAGAUCCGAUAACUUCUGUUUGGUGUUCUCUUCUUUUCUUUUUUCUUUUUUCUUUUUUCUUUUUUUUUUUUUUCGGUUCCGCUCUCGGAUAGCAGCAAUGCCAGGUCUACCAUCCAGCAUCGAUCUGGAUGAGUGCAUUGAACGACUAUACCGGAAGGAAUUAUUAGCAGAUUCCGUCAUCGAGGCAAUAUGCGCCAAGGCGAAAGAACUGCUCAUGAAGGAGAGCAAUGUCGUUCACAUCGCAGCCCCCGUUACCGUCGUCGGAGACAUCCACGGCCAAUUCUACGAUAUGAUUGAGAUCUUCAAAAUCGGCGGCUUCUGUCCGAAUACAAAUUACCUAUUUCUCGGCGACUACGUCGACCGCGGCCUCUUCAGCGUCGAAACAAUCUCCCUCCUCGUCUGCCUCAAACUCCGCUACCCAGCCCGUGUCCACCUAAUCCGCGGCAACCACGAGUCCCGCGGCGUCACCCAGUCCUACGGCUUCUACACCGAAUGCGCCCGCAAAUACGGCAACGCAAACGUCUGGCACUACUUCACAGACAUGUUCGACUUCCUCACCCUCAGCGUCGUCAUCAACGAUCAGAUCUUCUGCGUGCACGGCGGCCUGUCCCCGUCCAUCCACUCGAUCGACCAGAUCAAAAUCAUCGACCGGUUCCGCGAGAUUCCGCACGAGGGCCCCAUGGCGGAUCUGGUCUGGUCCGAUCCCGAUACGGAGCGGGAUGAGUUUUCCCUCUCGCCUCGGGGUGCGGGAUAUACCUUUGGCGCGCAGGUGGUGAAGAAGUUCCUCGAGGUGAAUAAUAUGAAUCACAUCCUCCGUGCACAUCAGCUGUGUCAGGAAGGGUAUCAGGUUCUCUACGAUGAUCGGUUAAGCACUGUGUGGAGUGCGCCGAAUUAUUGCUACCGAUGUGGGAACCUGGCGAGUGUGCUUGAGGUCAGCGAUACUGGGGAGCGGUAUUUUAAUAUCUUCGAUGCAGCACCUGAGAAUAACGAUGUACGUGGGGAGCAGCAGGCGCAGCAGCAGGGUAAGGAUGGACAUAAUCCUGUAAUUGAAUAUUUUCUAUGAUACCCUUUGGGUGUAUUUUCCUUUUUUUUUCGUCAUGUUUUAUUUCAUUGAUUUUUUUUUUCCCCUUUCGUUCUUCUUAUCCCUCCACUUCUCUUAUAAAAUAAAUCUUCCGAGCUAUUUUUUAAGCAUAAGUUGGGCGUUUUGGUUUUGUAACUGAUAUAGAAAGAGAUGGAUGGGCUGCGAAAAGAGGGAGUCACAGGCAGGAAAGCAAGAGAGGAGAAAGUUAUCACCACCUCUAAUAUGGCAUUCAUGCAGAACGGGCACGGAUUUAUGUUUAUAUUAACUUACGUCCUGCCCUGGGAACCACCAGAGCAGAAACGGGGAACAAAAAAAGAAAAAAACCAAAACCAAAAUAGUAUAAAAAGGAAAUUCGUUCUGAGCAUUAGAGCAAAAAGAGAAGAAGGAAAAAGGAACAACACAAGGAAGAGCAAAUUGGGAACGGAGAAAAAAAAUGCAGAUUCGAAUUUUGUUUUGUUCGGGGGGAUUCUUGUCAAUCUAUCUACCAAUCCUUGGCGAUGUUGAAAGACCACUCGAACUUGAGAUGGGUGGUGUCAUCGUCGUCUACGAAUCUCGAGAGUGCGGUAUAAUGUCCUCGAGCAACAAAGUUGCUCGGAGCCUCUUCGGGAUGGACUGCGAAAAACGAACGAAACAAGGGGUGUCAGACAGACAGACGGUUCGUUUACUCGAGAGGGGGUGGGGUAUGGUGCACAACUUGACUCACAAGGCCAGUUCUGGGAAAAUAAAGGAACUGGCUUAGGGGCCACGAAUCAUAAAGAAGAAACUUACAUUUCUUUUCAUACAGCGGUUUAUCGGUGGUGUUUGGUGGGUAGCUCCCCUGGUACACCAGACACAAGGAAAGAAGAAGAGAUAUAUCAGCAGCCAUUCCGGCAUCAACGGUAUCCGAUAAAGGAACAAGGGGGAUAGAGAGAUAUAUAUAUAAGGAAGAAGAAAAACUCACCAGCAUCUCCUCAUCCUUACUAAUCCGUACCCCCCUCCGCUUCACAACCUGAAUAUACUUCAACCCGCUAAGCACCUCAUGCUGCACGACGAACGUGGCUUUCAUCCGGAAGCGGCAACCUUCUUUUAUGGUGAAGGGUUUGUCCUUGAGCUUAUCAACGGAGCCCUCGGCGGAGAGAUCGAUGGUGAUGUCGUCGCGGCCCUCGACUUCGAGCGCGAGGGAUUUGAUGAUGCAUUUGCGGGGGUCGUUGGGGUCGGAUAUCGAGGUACCUGUACCCAGGCCUAGAGACGCUUUCCAGCGGUUGAGGGAUUCGUCGUUUGCGUCUGUUUUGUGGAUUCAUCCAAGCAAGGGAGUGGGAGGUGUGAUGUUAGCGAUAUUGGAAUCCCUUUUGCUUUUGCUUUUUUUUCUUUUUCCGUCUUAUUCUGUGGGCUGCGGCUGGGGGGAAAUGUAUUUAUGUUUCCCAACUCUGCCAUGUUCAAGCUGGGACAUGUAAUAUAGUAUGCUUUGCAUAUAAAUAAAUCUCAGAAAGCGCGGUGGGAUAGAAGGAAAAAAAGGCUGAACAUCAUUUUCGCUGCAAGAAGGACGAGAGCAAGUUGAAAAGACAGCAGGUGCAUAACAAAACAUGCCCCGUUUAUAUCAAUUACUUUUCCUCUACCUCCAUCCAAAACAAAACAACAUAUCCACAAACUUUUGCAUGAUAAUGAUAGCAAAUGCUUGCAAAACAAAUGGACCGAGGUGUAUAUAAAUUAAUGAACAAGCAUAUCAGAUACAUUACAUACCUAGCUGCUGGUACUCCUCGAGAGUCUUCUUCUCACCAACCUUGAAGCCGGCAGUUUUGCUUGCUGCCAAAUCAUCAUCGUGUUCGUUGGACAUUUUCGUUCGACUGCUUGUGUUUAUUUUCGAGGUGCGGGGGGGAGUUUUGGUGAGCGGGGUUGAUGAGUGUCUGUGCGUAUGGAUUGCGUCUCUGGUGUGGAGGAACUUUGGGAUAUUGGUAUCUUGAGCCAGAAGUAUGAGGAGAACUGGAGAAGAGAAGAGACAGGGAAAGAAAGAGAGGAAGAGAGAAGAGGAAGAGGAAAUGGAGAAAGAGAAGAGAAGAAGAGAGAGGAGAGAGACGAGACAGAGCUGGCGGCG